AUGAAGCUAACAGAGUCAUCGGAGAGCAAUGCUGAUGCUGGAAAUGAUUUUCCCCUAAAAUCCGAUGAUCAUGAAUCAGUUCCAGUUGAGGUUCAGGAUCAUGUAAAAGAGCUUCAUGAUGCUGGCACUGCGGGUUCUUUGAAGGAAGGUGAGAUUCAAGAAGAAAAAACUUUGGGUGUGUGUUCAAAAAAUGUAGGAGAAUUAGCUGAGAAUGGUUUAAAGGAAGGUGAAAUUCCAGAUGAAAAAACAUUGGGCGUCAGUUCUGAAAAUAGAACAGACUUAGUUGAGGUAACUCCCGAAUCUGUGGUUUCUGAUGCUAAAUGGGUUCCCAAUGGUGGAUUAUCUUCAAAGACUUCAGAAUGGCCUUCCUUCAAUUCUAAUCCAUAUUCUUACCCUUAUUCUCCCGUGGGGAACGAAGAAGCAAUUGUUGCAGUUUUGCAUUUGCAGCACAACGCAAUUGAUGUUUGUCAAAAGUUCUUAGCUCCUGAGGAUGGUUCUGACAGUGAUGAGGAUGUAGUUAAAGAUGAGGAUGAGGAUGAAAGUGAAGAUGAGUUGGUAGAAAAUUGUGAUGAAGAAUCUGAACAUUAUAAGUUCUUUGAAAAGGUGUUUGCUGAAGAUGCUGGCUUGAAGAAAUAUUACGAGGACAAUAGUAAAAAAGGAGACUUUUAUUGUUUGGUUUGUGGUGGUAUUAAGAAGAAAAUGUGGAAGAGGUUUAAGGACUGUGUUGCACUGAUUCAGCAUUCAACUACUGUACUAAGGACGAAAAGGAAGCGAGCUCACCGGGCUUAUGCACAAGUUGUCUGUAAAGUUGUUGGUUGGGACAUGAAUCAGAUAUCAGCAAUUAUGUUGAAGGAUUUGGAUUCCUCCUUAGCAGCUUCAAAGAAGCUUUUGGCUGAACCUGAAAAACCAGUUCCUGUGAGUGGUGUUGAUGAUCAAAAUUCUGAACCUGAAAAACCUGCUGCUGUGAAUGGUGCUGAUGAUCAAAGUGGUAAAGUUGUUAAUUCUGUUGAUGACAAUUAG